AUGUGACGUCCCGGGGAUCGAAGCCGGUGAGGCCUGCCCCGGCCCGGCGUCCAGCGGGUGGCUCUGAGGGUGUAUUUUCCUCUUUCCAGCCACCACCAGCAGCAACCUCCCCACCCCCCAACUGUUUAAAUGAGAAUGUCCCUGGCACAGAGAGUGCUGCUCACCUGGCUCUUCACAUUGCUCUUCCUGAUCAUGCUGGUGCUGAAACUGGAUGAAAAGGCCCCCUGGAACUGGUUCCUCAUCUUCAUCCCGGUGUGGAUAUUCGACACCAUCCUCCUGGUCAUGCUGAUCGUGAAGAUGGCGGGGCGGUGUAAAUCUGGCUACGACCCUCGCAACGGAUCCCAGAAUAUAAAGAAAAAGGCCUGGUACCUCUUGGCGAUGUUGCUCAAGUUGGCCUUCUGCCUGGCCUUGUGCGCCAAACUGGAACAGUUUGCCAACAUGAAGCUGUCCUACGUCUUCAUCCCGCUCUGGGCUUUGUUGGUCGGCGGCAUGACCGAGCUUGGCUGUAACAUCUUUGGGGCGCAGAGAGACUAAGUCACCUAAAAAUUAAGACUUCUUUAUCGUGGGGCAACGUCAUCGCAAAGCUGCUGCACUCUUCUGGAUCCCUCCAGAAGUACCAAAGAACUGAAAGAUGCCCAAAAUUGCACAUCUAGAAGAUAUUGCAGUUUCCAUUCAGUCAGGUUGUAUUGAAGAACUCCAAGCCAGCACUCAGAUAACUUACUCUAGAGAGCAUUGUGAUUAAUAUCCUUAUACUAUUCUAAUGUAAAUAAAUGAUUUUGGACCUGA